GCUCUUGCGCACUUCCAAAAGGUUCUCUCUCCCUCAAGGCCUAAACCCCACAAGCCAACCUUGUAAAACCCCCCACCCCAUCCCUCUUUUCCUCCUGCUUUUAAAUUCCCCAUUCCAUUUCUCAUCCUCUUCCUCCCUCCUCUGGUCUUUACUCCAAUGGGAUUCAGUUUUUUUCUCUUGGGUUGUCCUUGAAAGUUGCACUCCGGCAUUGGCUUUCAAGGAAAGUUGUAUUCUUCAUGGAGGAGGGUCCAUGGGAAUUGGAUUCCAUUUCCACUCUGGGUCUAAUUGAAGCGAUGAACUUCUUCGCAAAAGCGUUUUCUUGCCUAUCGUCUCUUUCGUCUGACCCGUUGUUUUCAUGUAUUGUUACGCUGUAUAUUCUGAUUCUCCUCUAUUUCCCCAGGGUUUUCCUGGGAAUCGUUUUCUCACCCGUACUGAUCUCCACCGGGGUUCUGUUGUUGAGUCUUCUACGGUUAGGAGUGAACCAACAGGUUGAAGGGGAACCCAGUUCUAACGAACCGGAACAACCCGAUUUGAGAGGACGAGAACUCAAAUGCGUCCAUCCACAACCUGAAAAAUGGCCCGAAAUUCACUCCGAUUUUGACACGAAACCCUUUUUCUGUGACUCGUUCGUCGGGUGGAACGUGAGAGCGCCAUUGGAGGUGAUAUACGAAGAGUUCGAGGGCGAAGAAGACGAAGAUCCGAAUGUAACAGAAGAGACCCGCUUCCUGGGACUCGAGAGAUACCCAUCACUGUCGCUUUGCUACCCGGAAUCUGACUCCGAUACCUCGUCGGACGGUGAAUUCCAGGCAAGCAACGGCUGGAACUCACCGGAGAAUAUGAGCUUCAGGUGGGACCAAGACGACCGUGAAGGGUUGAUUGAGAUAGCAUUGGACGGCAAGCUUGAUGCAAUGUUCCACGUUGAAGAAGACAACUUGAUAGAGAUUGAUAUAUCUCCGGCAAGAAAUCAUCAGUUUUCCGGCUAUAAAAGGUAAAAUUUCCGGCGAGGGGUUAGAUUCAGUUAACCUUGAUUAAUUAAAGAAAUUAGAGGGGAAAUUAUCCCAUUGGAGAGAGUGAUAAAAAUCUGAGUAAUGGGUUUGUCUGUAAUGUAUGAUACCAAUGUUCAUGUACAUUUCCUAAUUUUAAUCAACAAAUCCAAACAUUUAACGAAA